UUUUAAACUUUAAAAUGAUUCUCAUUGCUAAGUCAGAAAUUUUAAAAUAAUCCUUUAAGCAUUCGGGAAUUUAAUUUUAACUUUAAGAUCAUUUAGAACGAACCUUUAGGUAGCACUGAGACGCCAUAUUCCCUUAGUUUGUUAACGUUGUUUGUGAUAACGGGUUUAUUGUUUUCUUGACAGAAACUUAUAUGUCGGAAACUUUCUUCCCAACUUUUGUUCUAUAUAGGGUUUUAUUUAGUGUUAUUUCAUAGUUGAGCUUUUUUUUUUUCUCGAUUAUUUCAUAUCAAGAACUAAUAUUGAUAUAGUUCCAUUAUAAUGGCUCAAAACAUUAAUCCUUAUUUCACACAGAGUUCAACCCCAGUUAAAACGAAUGAGGGUUCACAGAACAAGUCACAAGACAACCAUGCUGUUACCAAAAGAUUGCAGAAAGAAUUGAUGGUUCUUAUGAUGUCAGGUGAAAAGGGUGUAUCAGCAUUUCCUGAAGGAGAGAAUCUAUUUAAAUGGGUGGCAACCAUCAAUGGACCUGCUGGAACGGUUUAUGAAGGUCAUGUAUUUAGGCUGUCUGUUGAGUUCCCUCAUUCUUACCCAUAUUCGCCUCCAUUGGUAAGGUUCACCUCUAAGUGCUUCCAUCCUAAUGUGGACCUCCAAGGUAAUAUCUGCUUGGACAUCUUAAAGGAGAAAUGGUCUGCCCUCUAUGACAUAUCAACCAUCCUUAUUUCAAUACAAUCACUUUUAGGUGAACCCAACAAUGAUUCUCCUCUGAACAGCCAAGCUGCUGAGAUGUGGUCGAACCAAGAAGUCUUCAGGAAGUAUUUACGAGCGAACCAUUCUAAUGAAAAUUCUAAGAAUUAGCCUAUCUAACCUUUUAUCUUUUUUUAAGGUGUUUUUAUAUUUAUAGAAUAUGAAUAUACUUUAUAUUUAUAGUAUAUGAUUUUAUAUUAUAUGUGUGUGUAUAUAU